UACUCAAGAUUCAUCAACAAUAUUUCCCCACUAUUUUAGCCUUCUCGUCAAAGAGCUUAUAUUCAUUGUGACUUCCUUAAGUACUUAAUUCUCGUGGAACGUACCAUCAGACCAUCACUUUACUCAAUCAAACUUACAUACUUGCACUUUAUAUAACUUAAAAAAAUUAUUAUCUUUUAAAAGUGAAACCUUUAUCAUUUAAAUAAAUAUAGUUCAUUUGAUUCAUGACAUUUGACAUUUAGAUAUUUAAAAAACAAGUCUUAAAUUUGAAGAAAACAUUAUUUAACAUAUUAAAAUGUGGAUGGAAUUUAAUUUAAAACAAUUGUAAUUUAUAUUCGAAUAAUUUCAAAUGUACUUUGGAUUUAUUUAAAUUAUUGUUUUUUGUUAUUUAAAAAUUUGGUGUUUUAGUUAAUUUUGUUUUUUAAAUUAUAUUAAAUUAAUUGAUAAUACUGUUGACAAAAUUAAUUAGUCAUAAUGGAAUUAGCACUGUCACUUUUGACACUUCUCUAUGCUGAUUUACGAUUUAAUUAUGAGGAAAUACUGGAUGCUUUUUUUAAACGACUGAUAAGAGUCCUGUUAUUGAUUCUUGGUUUUUUAAUGUAUCCUUUUGUUCAUUUAAGAGCAUUCAAAAAACAAAAAAAAUGUCCACCAAUAAAUAAUGAAAUAUUAUUAUUAUCAGCCACAGAAUUGGCACGAAGAAUUCGUCGAAAAGAGUUGAGCAGUGAACAAGUCGUAAUGUCAUAUAUAAAAAGAUGUAAAGAAGUUAAUGUGAUAAUAAAUGCAAUUGUUGAUGAACGUUUUGAUGAUGCUAUUGUUGAUGCACGUAAAGUUGAUAAAUUUUUAUUAACAACAAUAAAAAGUGAAAUUGAAUUAAAUAACGAGAUGCCAUUACUUGGUGUACCUGUUACAGUCAAAGAAAGUAUUGCUGUUAAAGGCAUGAGUCAUUCAUCUGGAUUAAAAAUUAAAAAUCCAAUAAUAUCAGAUUUCGAUUCUGAUGUGAUUUUACGUGUUAAAAAAGCUGGUGGUAUACCUUUACUUGUUAGUAAUACACCAGAAAUGUGUAUGUGCUGGGAAACUUAUAAUAAUGUAACUGGAACAACUUGGAAUCCAUACAACACAAAUAAAACUGCUGGUGGUUCAUCUGGUGGUGAAGCAGCACUAUUGGCCUCGGCAGCAUCUGUUGUCAGUAUUUCCUCUGAUAUUGGUGGUUCAGCAAGAUUACCAGCUUUGUUUUGCGGUGUCUUUGGUCAUAAACCAACACCCGAAUAUAUAUCGACUCAUGGACACAUGCCAACUUGUGAUGAUUCAUCUUGGUCAUCUUUUUUUUCAAUUGGACCAAUGGUCAGAUACUCAGAAGAUCUUACGAUGAUGUUAAAAGUUUUAUGUCAAUCAGAUAAAUUUGAUGCAUCACAUUUAGAUCAAAAGGUAGAAUUAUCAGAUAUAAAAUUUUAUUAUAUGGAGAGUGACAAAUCACCAUCAACAAACACUGUAGAUAUUGAAAUAAUAAAUGGAAUUCAACGUUUUAUAAAACAUAUGGAGAGUGCACGUGGAAUUAAAGUACAAAAAGCUGAUAUUAAAGAAAUGAAAUAUGCAUUUGAAACAUCAUCGAGUAUGCUUUUACAAUUAAAUGGUGUUGAUACAAUAUACAAAAAAGGAUCUAAUCCUCGUGAAUGGAAAAGUGUAUUUUUAGAAGUUAUCAAGUACAUAAGUUUCAUGUCACCACAUACAUUUCCAAAUAUUGCAUAUGGAGUUUUAAAAAAAUUUGUUGAUACUCUUCCAGAUGGUUACAACAAAUGGAUAAAUGAUAAAAAUAAUUUAAUUAAAAAACGUUUUCAGGAUUUACUAGGUGAAAAUGGAGUUUUAAUUUAUCCUGGUUUUACAACAGCUGCACAUUAUCCAUAUGAAAUAUAUUCAAAAGUAGCUGAUGUAUCAUACAUGAUGAUAUUUAAUUCAAUUGGACUUCCAGUUACUCAAUGUCCACUUGGUCUCAAUAAAGAUGGUCUUCCAAUUGGUUUUCAAGUUGUUGGAAAUGUUGGGAAAGAUCAUUUAACGAUAGCAGUUGCACGUGAAAUUGAACGUGCUUUUGGUGGUUGGCAAGAACCACCAAGUGAUCUUAAAACUGUCUAAUUAAGUUUAAAUGAAUAUUAACACCAUAAUAUUGAAAUGUCAGUAUUGGCAAGUUUUUUUUUUUUUUUUUUUUUGUUAUUAAAUAUUAGAAAAAAAUUAUUUGAUAUAAAAAAAAAAAAAAAACGCUAUUUAAAAAUCUUGUUGUUUUUUAAAUUUUAUACAAUAAAAUUAUUUAUUAUAGAAUA